AUGAUCCAAACUGCGGAACGGACCCGGCCGGGGAAGGUCUGGCUUCCGACCUCCACUCGGGGUGCCAAGCCGCUUCGCAUCCCCGACCCCUCCCUCUCUUCGCGAGAAGAACCGCCUUGUUUACAGUCCCGCCACGCAUUACUGGAAGGCGUGACGAGUUCAUGGGGUUCCCUGCCACGAGCGUUUGAAACGUAUAAACAUUUGGAAUCAUUUGUUCCAGACUCCGUGAGUGGCCCGAGGAGAAAGCAGCUGGAUUUCACGCGAACGGGCUCGCGGAAACCGACGAUCGCGUUCGUCAACAUGACAAGCCUCCUAUGCCUCUUCGUGUCUGCCUCGAUCGCAUUCGCCAAAUACGGUUCUGGAGAAACCCUCGCCAUCUUCGGAGUGGAAAGCAAAGACUCCAACCAGGGAAACACGAUGUCCCUAUUGGAAUCGAGACUCUCUGAGCUCGCGGAGGACCUCGCCCUGCUGAAGGCGGACGCGGAACGCCUGUGGCAGGAGAGCGAGAUCCUCCGGCGGGAGAACGAGAGCCUCGAGACCCGUCUCGAGGAGGAACUGCGAGAGCGAGACGAAACGGCGGAGAUUCGGUGGAACAAAGACGAAAAAAGGAUUCAGUAUCUGGAGGCGAUCGCGCAGCAGAUCGCCCCGCGAACGUGUCAGGACCUGGCCGAGAUGGGAGUGAAUCGAACGGGAACUUACUUGGUGGACCCGGACGGAGCCCUCGAAGGCGAUCCACCGAUCAAAGUACUCUGUCACAUGGGAACGGAUCCGGUAACCACCGUCGUCCUGCACGACUCCAUGAAGGCAGAUACGGAAAUCGAUCGUUGCGUCGAUCCCGGCUGCUACAGGCGAAAGAUCGCGUACCAGGCAUCCAUGAAGCAGAUGGUGGCGCUGAUCGAUCGAUCGAAAUCUUGCGACCAACGAGUGAAAUACGACUGUUUUUCGGCGGCUCUGAGAACCGGAAACAUACAGCACUCGUGGUGGGUCGACCGCCACGGCCAGCCUCAACAUUACUGGGACGGAUCGAACCCAGCAAGACACGUCUGCAAGUGCGGCCUCACCGACUCCUGCAUCGACAGCAGCCUGCCUUGCAACUGCGACGCGGGGAUGCCCCGGUGGGAAUCCGACUCGGGAGCGGUCGCCGACGAGACGGCGCUGCCUGUCACGGAGCUCCGGUUCGGCGGGUUCGAGUUCGAGGGUCAGAGGGCGAAUUUCACUCUGGGUGGAUUGGCCUGCAGGGGAGAGGCGACGGGGAAAGAUCUUCCAAGAAAUUCGGCGAGCCAGCGGGAGAAUCCGGCGGAAUCGUGCGCGUCUCUGCGACGAGCCGGAAACAAUCAUUCCGGCUAUCAUCUGAUCGAGAGGAAAGAAGGACGGUUAGAUAUCGUCUCGUGCAGGAUGGACCUGAAAGAGACGGACCCCGAGUUUCAGGUGGAGACCGGUGCAAGCAUCGGAGAAAACGUCUUCGUUUCCAGGCGUCUUAAUCGAGACGAAACGGACGAGUUGAGGGUCGCGUGUGGGACGCCGGGGCUGUCCGUUCGACUCCGCCUGGAGAAGGGUGGCGACGUGGAUGUCUGCCUUGCGGAUGCAUUCCGUUUUCUGCGGCAUUUCUUUUGCAUCCCACGUCGAAUAAAAAGUGGAGCGAUGCUUCGUGUUUUGUCUAGCGGGUUUUACAUCGAAGUAAGGGAUCUCGAAGUUACAAAAGCGUUCCUGGCACUUCUCGACAGCCCCUCGCACACCAUCGCGCAGUGCCGUGAGUCACCGGUGACUCAACGUCCCAACAACCUCGGUGACACCCACGAGCCAUCACGGCACACGCUCGGAAAACCCGCAGCGAUCGAUGACGUCACGCCACGGCCUCCUCGACCCCUGGGACCUCCGAGGCCUCCCCCGCCUCCCCCCGCCUCCCCCGCCUCCCCCGCCUCCCCCCGUCGGAACGUCGACCGUCCGCGCCAGCAUCCGAUCCCGAGGAAAGGAGGAACCCCGAGAGCGUCCGUACGGGAGGUCCUCCGCGGCAGUCGACUCCGCGCGUCCGCGACGGAAACACGUCUGAGAAAAGAAGCGGAGACUGCAAUAGAAGAUGAAUGCCAUUUCGCUCGUCCUCGCUCUCAUCGCAUUGCCGGAAUUCGCUUUCGGACAGGUAAGUGCAAUCCAGGUGAUAUCGGUGAGUUCGUGCGGGUGAUGACGUUGAAUAAUGGAAGCGGCAAUUUUCCGAUGUACGGAUUCCGCUUGGCCGACGCCAACUCGGAGGAGAAAAUGUCAAACUUGGACGCAACGACUCGAGAGCACGCGGAUCAGAUCGCACAGCUCAAAGCCAGCAACGAAAACCUGCGGCACGACAACAAGAAGCUGAAGCACGACCACGAAGCCCUCAAGCACGACCACGAAGCCCUCAAGCGCGACCUCGAAGCCCUGAAAUCCCAACUCCAGGAAUUCCUGCCCGAGAAAGGCGAGAAGACGAAACGAAACGGCGUCGAAGCGAGACUCCAAUAUUUGGAGUCCAUCGUCAUGCUGCAAAUCAUGCGCACGUGCGCAUCAAGUGCGCAUCAAGUUCCCACUCACGUGGUCCUUCAGUACGCCCUGUCACAAGGUGGAAAGACCCCCCACUCUCCUCCCCCUCUCCCUUCCCACUCCCCCUCCCUUCCCCAUUCCCUCCUCCUCCUCCUCCUCCUCCCCAAGAAGGCCCCCCGAUCGUGCCAAGCUCUCGCAGACUUGGGGAUGACGAAGACGGGAACUUAUUUCGUGGACCCAGACGGAGCUCUCGUCGGCGAUCCGCCCAUCCAAGUCUUCUGCGACAUGAAAACAGAUCCGGUGUCGACCAUCGUCCUGCACGACUCGAUGAAGGAAAACACAGAGAUCGAUCGCUGCGAUGAUCCUGGCUGCUACGUUCGAAACAUCACGUACGAGGCAUCGCUGAAACAGAUGGUGUCGUUGAUCGAUCAAUCGCAGACGUGUGACCAAUACAUAAGAUACGGCUGCCUUUCGGCGGCACUGAGCACCGGCGGCGCCACGCAAUACGCAUGGUGGGUCGACCGCCACGGCCAACCUCAAUAUUAUUGGCACGGAUGGAAUUCGGCAGUACACGUGUGCAAGUGCGGGCGCAUCGACGAUUGCAUCGACAACAACCUGCUUUGCAACUGCGACGCGGAAGCGCCUCAGUGGGAAUCGGACUCGGGGACGAUCACCAACGAGACGGCGCUGCCCAUCACCCAGCUGCGAUUCGGCGGACUGCAGUUCAAAGGGCAGAGAGCGAACUUCACGCUGGGCGGAUUGGUCUGCAAGGGCAAGGCCUCCAGAGACAAGAUCGCUGGAGGCAAGACUUCCGAGACGGAGUUUCCCGAAGUGUCGUGCGCGUCUCUGCGACGAGGCGGGAACAGAGAGACCGGCUAUCAUCUGAUCAGGGAGAAAGAAGGACGGUUGGAUGUCGUCCUCUGCAGGAUGGAACUGGACGAGGCGGAUCCCGACUUUCAGGUUCACACCGGCGCUCGCAUCGCCGAGCGAGGCGUCUACUUCGACGCGUAUCGAAACGCGUCGACGAGGAGCACGGACGUGAUCACGUACGAGGGGACUCUGGUGAACCUGGGCGACGGCAUGAUGCCGAAGAUCGGCAUCUUCACCGCCCCCUUCCCCGGGAUCUACGCCUUCCACUUCCAUCUCUCGGCUCAAUCCAACUACGAGAUUCUCGUCAACCUGCGGAGAAACGAGGAGACCCAGGCGAGCCUCUACUCCCGAAGCCACGCGAAUCCCGGUCAAUCCAUCCUGCUCCAUCUGGACGAGGGCGACGAGGUCGAUGCCUUCUUGGAGAAAGGGCAAUUCACUGCGGACGCGAAUCACGUCGCACAUUUUGUCGGGUAUCUCUUGUAUCCAAUGUAA